AUGGCAAAAACUAGGCCGACCGUGGUUAAGGAUAGGGAAGAUGUUGGGGUUAGUCGGGCCAAGUCACUCAACCCGAUCUACUCUACUGUUGAGGAUCCAGCGGCUUUUAUAACUCUCGCCGGUCUUCCGCCGUCGGCUGAAGUGAGGAUUCCUGGUCAAGAGGAUGAGGCCAAGGAUUGCCCGGAGGGUUAUGUGGUCAUGUAUGAGUACCCUUUUAUUCUGGGGUUUUUGUUUCCUUUUACACCCUUGGCUAGAUCUUUUGUUGAGGUGUUCAAUUUAAGCCCUGGCCAAUUGAUGCCCCAGAUCUGGCGUAUUUUUACUGUAGUGCAUAGGGUUACUUCGGGUUGGCGAACACCGUUUGACUUGGCUGAUCUGAUGCAUGUUUAUGAUUUAUCCUUGAAGGAGUGUUGUCGGUAUACUUUGGUGACGAAGAAAAAGAAGAAGAAUUUGUGUGUCGGGUUAGCUGUAAAUGAUAGGGGUUGGCAAAGUCGUUUUGUUUAUGUGAAUAAGGCGUCUCUGGGAGAAGUAGGAAACUUCUUAGUGGAAGGGUGGACGACGGAAGUUGUUGAUACGUCGUUAGCUGGUUUGAACUCUGACUCUCACGAUAAGUGUUUGAGGUUUCUGGGUUGUUCUGUCGUGGAGAGAUCGUUCAGCCGUGACGGAGGUCGUUUGGGAAGUCAAGAGGGGAGUCAAGUUGGUGACGUUGACGAGGAGGAGGCUGAAGACGAGACGAUUUGCUUAGUUCGUCGUCGACGGAGGUUGGACUUACUCGAGGAAGUCGUUGCGAAUUCGUCGUCUGCAUCAGAGGAAGAGUUUGAGAUGGCUAACACAUCAGAGAAUACGCUGUCGUCUAAGCCAGUGUCGAGGAUGUCACAGAGCGAGAUGAUGGAACGAGCUAGGAAGCGGUUGAGGUCGAACAGUAACGCUGGUGGGCAGGGUGGUCAGGCGAUGCCUCUCGUGCCUCGUUAUUCUAAGAUAGGUGCGUCGCCUGAGACGCCCGUUGUUAUAGGGGGUGAAGGUUUUCAUCCUCUAUCGUCGUCGUCGCCGCCGAGGCCGUUUCAGGUGUCGUCGACUGCUGUUGCUGCGACUAGGCCCCCUGCUGCGUCGGCCAAGAAGCGUCCUGCUGACAAAAGCUCCGUCGAGGAUACUGUUGUCACUCUGCCCCCGAACUUCUUGGGCGACGGUGAAGAUGCCGUUGUUUGGCCGCAUGCAGACCGAUUGAUAUUGAAGGAAAUAAUCGCGUCGUGUGUCGCUUUCGUGACAUGUUUUUCUUUACAGGCGUCACAGGCUGCUUUGGCCGUGCGUAGGCAGUGCUCCUUGUUGUGCGACGAGCUUAUCUCCUCGAAGAACCAAGUGGCUAUGGCGAAGAAGGCGGCGACUUCUUGGGAAGGUAAGUGGAUGGCUUCUGAGAAGAAGUUGGUCGAUCUUGCUGCGGCGGUUAAGUCGAAAGACGAACAAUUAAAGGGCAAGGACGACCAGAUUGCUGACGCGUCGAAGGAGUUGGAAAGGGUAAAGGGGGAGUUGGCGUCGACCGUGGAAGAAAUGCAAGGGUUAAGGAUUUUAUACGACGCUUUGCAGGAGGAGUUUAAGGAUUGCGAGGCUUUGGCUGUGUGGAGGACGAGGGCGCAGAUGAUGUUCUCGUGUUUGAAGGGGGAGGUUAGCCUCUGGCCAUGCCAAAAAGAGGUGGAUGACUACCUUGCUAAUGGUGGCACCCUUGAAGAGUUGUCGGUGCCGGUGGUGGACGCGGAUGAGUUGGCGAUGGAAGCCGACACUGCUGGUACUAACGGAGCUGAUGCCGAUGUCGCCCCUCUGGUCGAAGACGUUUCUUCCGUUGAUCGAGAGGGUGAAGCGUCCAUGUAG